CAUUGCCGGAGCGAUACAAUAACCCCCCACCUACAUAAAAAUGGACCCAACAGCAGUAACAAAAUGGCUCGACAGCGUGUACAUUCCCUUUCCCAUCUCCCAAUCCCCCCCAUUACCCCGACUAACGGAACCAGCAUGGGGGCAUCAAACGUCAUAGGCGCCCUACUAAUCGAUUCACAAACCGGGCUUUGUCUUGGAGGUUUGUUUGCUUGCUGGUUUGUUUGUUCCCCCAUGCGCGGGUUACGGGGAGUUAACGCUUUGUAUGAUGCGUGGUGCGAAAGCGCGAGGGAAGGCUACCGAGGAUGAUGCUAUCUAUAUUACAGUUGCCUCGCGGGCUGCUCUGGAUGUGAUGGGGGUUGGGGCUGUUGCUUAUAAAGAUAGUAAAGUAAUUCUACGGAAGGGCGGUAGCGGUGUUUUGGUUGCGGUUUAUAAGGAGAAGGAUUCGUUGGGGGAGUCGCCGGAUGAGAUGUGAGGUGUUGGUUUUCCGUCCGCUUGUCGUCCGGGGAAUUGCUUUCUUUCCCCCUCUUUCUGUCCGUCUACUCGAGCUCGUAUGGUGUCUACUUGGGGUACCCUCUUGAAGUAGGGAUUUUUUCUUCCCCUUGCAAACAUGUCUUGUUAAGAGGU